AUGAGAAAGGUGAGAUCCGUCUGUAGCCGCGAAGAGAUGAAGUUCGGCAAGAAUAUCUGCAUCUUAAACGUCGGCGGCACCAAAUACGCGUUCACCCGAGAGGUGAUUAAGGAUUUCCCACUGCGGAGAGUGAGCCGUUUGCACAGCUGUUCGUCGGAGAAGGAGGUGCUGGAGGUGUGCGAUGACUACGACCGCGAACGGAAUGAGUUCUUCUUUGAUCGCCACUCCGAGGCGUUCGUGUUCAUCAUGCUGUACGUGCGCUCGGGUAAGCUGCGCUUUGUGCCGCGGAUGUGCGAGCUCUCCUUCUACAACGAGAUGAUCUACUGGGGGCUGGAGAGCUCGCACCUGGAGUUCUGCUGCCAGCGGCGCCUGGACGACCGCAUGUCCGACACGUACACGUACUUCUCAGAGGAGGACGGGAGAACCGAGGAGGACUCACGAGCGGGUGAUGAAGAAUCCGACACCAGGGGUUCGUGCGCCGAGCGCGCAAACCCGGGCUGGCUCGAGCGCAUGCGGAGAACCUUCGAGGAACCCGCGUCUUCAGUGGCCGCGCAGAUCCUCGCCUCGGUCUCUGUGAUUUUUGUCAUCAUUUCCAUGAUCAUCCUGUGUGCCAGCACCCUGCCGGACUGGGAUACAGCCAAGAACAACACAGUGGAGGAGCACAGGAUCAUUGAAGCGGUAUGUAUUGGCUGGUUCACUGCUGAGUGCAUAGUGCGUUUCAUUGUCUCACGGGACAAAUGUGAGUUUGUACGGCGGCCUCUGAACAUCAUCGACCUCCUGGCUAUAACACCUUACUAUGUAUCAGUGGCCAUGACGGCCCUGACUGGGGAAAACCCACAGCUUCAAAGAGUAGGAGUCACGCUGCGUGUGCUGAGGAUGAUGCGUAUCUUCUGGCUAAUUAAGUUGGCACGCCAUUUCCUUGGUCUGCAGACGCUGGGGCUGACGCUGCGCCGCUGCUACCGCGAGAUGGUCAUGCUACUGGUGUUUGUGUGUGUCGCUAUGGCCAUCUUCAGUGCUCUGGCUCAACUUCUGGAGCACGGGCUGGACCUGGAAAGCAGCAACGAGGACUACGCCAGCAUCCCGGCAGCCUGCUGGUGGGUUAUUAUCUCCAUGACCACGGUAGGCUAUGGAGACAUGUAUCCCAUCACGAUGCCGGGCCGCGUGCUGGGUGGUGUGUGUGUCGUGAGUGGCAUUGUGCUCCUGGCUCUCCCAAUUACCUUUAUCUACCACAGCUUUGUGCAGUGCUACCACGAGCUCAAAUUCCGCUCAGCACGCUGCGUGCGAAGUCUCUCUGCUGAAUUUCUCAACUGA